AUGGGCCAGCUCGGUGACUUGUCGCCUGAGGGGAGUAUUGCUGUCGGAGUCCUCGUCGGCUUGAUUUCCACCAGUCUACAGGCAAUUGGACUCACCCUGCAGCGGAAGUCUCAUUUACUCGAAGACGAGAAAUCGCCGUAUGAGCUACGAAGGCCCCCCUAUAAACGACGAAGAUGGCAGUUGGGCAUGCUGAUGUUCGUUGUUGCGAACAUUGUUGGAAGUACUAUUCAGAUCACGACUCUACCACUCCCGGUGCUCUCGACACUCCAGUCGUCCGGGCUAGUAUUUAACACGAUCUCCGCAACACUCAUUCUUGGCGAGCCGUUCACAAAAUACUCGUUUCUAGGCACGGCUCUAGUAUGCAUUGGGGCAGUGUUGAUAGCUACAUUCGGCGCUGUUGGAGAACCUGCGCAUACCCUAGAUCAGCUUUUAGAACUUCUCCAUCGGCGGCCUUUUAUCGCAUGGAUGGUAGUCACUGGGCUUAUCGUCGUUUUCGUUCUUGCCGGAUCUCGCCUCAUCAAAACUCUGUCAUCGCCGAAUAAUUUCAAGUCUCGCUUUAUCAAACUGAAUGGUGCCUUGAUCACCCCAUCUCGCGGGAAAUUUUAUCGUGGAUUAGCCUUUGGUUUUUGCAGCGGGGUUCUAUCAGCUCACACGCUAUUGCUGGCCAAGUCAGCGGUCGAGCUGCUCGUCCGAACGGUUGUCGAUCAUGUCAACCAGUUCAACCGAUGGCAAUCGUGGCUUAUCCUAAUAGGAAUGGUCUGUUUGGCGUUGACACAACUGUAUUAUAUGCACCGAGGCUUGAAGCUUUGCAGCACCAGCGUUCUUUACCCUUUUGUUUUUUGCGUAUACAACAUCAUCGCUAUUCUGGAUGGAUUGAUUUAUUUUCGACAGGCGUCUCAGCUUGCCGGUUUUCAUGCUGGACUCAUUGCCCUGGGAACUAUUGUUCUGCUUGGGGGCGUUUUGUGCCUCUCUUGGAGGCUGGAAGAUAUUGAUAAUCAUGUAGGUGUUACACUACCAAGCACCUCACAAACGCCCUUGGGACCUGGGAUGGGCAUGGUGGAGGAGGUCCCUGAACGGUCAGAAAACGAAGAAUUACCAAUUGGGGAGCGACAACCCCUGUUAUCAAUACCGAGACACGAGUCGUCUCAUCAACGGACACCGAGCUUGCCCGUAACCUCUCCUUAUCGAUAUCGCGCUCAGACUUUCAGCGCUCAAACAUUCAAUAACGAGUCGGCCCAAAUUUGGGCCGAUCUAGACGAUUCAGAAAGCGAAGCAGCCUUGAUCCAGGACUCGCCAUUAGCCCCGAGUCGCGCUCCUCCUACUCAGUACUCUCGCAGAAGAACAUUAUCACUUCUGUCACGUGGUCAUGGCCGGCGUUCGCUCCCAUCAAAUGACAAUCCACAAAAGACUUGGGAUCACCCUGCAAAGUCUCCACAUGCGGUGAUGGGUCUGCUCAGGAACGCUCGUCGACGACAAAAUCCACAAGGUAUCGGGUCAAGACGUGUCUCAGCGCCGGUAUUCAUGGGUGGGAAAUCCAACGCACUCUCGCCCAGUAACAAUGAUCGCGAGAGUCCCCGAAAUUACGGAACAUACGGACCAUUAGGAGGAAACAGCGAGGCCAUUACAGACUCUGAAAACAACCACGAGGACGAAAACCUGGACUCCACAUUAACAAACACGCUAAAGCGACCAUUCAAAUUACUGCAACGGUGGGCAGCGGCAGGAUUAAUCUCAAAAUCUAAUACUAGAGACGAUGAACAGGAUCCCCCGGUCUAA